CGCCGGGCGGAGGUGCUUGAGGGGAAGCCGGUGGGAGUCGAUGCUUUCGGGGGUCAGACUCGGGCCUACAGGUUUUGCAUCCCCGCAGCAAGAGAAUCACCUGGAGGAGUCAAGAAGAGGCAUUUAGUUUGGGCAUUUUCAUUUCUGGCGCAUGCCCUGCAUGAGAGACUGAGAUUUUGGGACAGAAAUUAGAACGUACCAAGAAAACACAAAGACAGAACAUCCCCGUUGCCGGCUCGAUCCUGAAAACCAAAGAAAAUGAUCAAUGCUCAGGAAUCACUGACGUUCAGCGACGUGUCCAUAGAGUUCACCUGGGAGGAGUGGCAGCUCCUGAACCCUGCUCAGAAGACCCUCUAUCAGGAUGUGAUGUUGGAGAACUAUAACAACCUAGUGUCCAUAGAAAUCCAGAAAGUGGAUGGUCAUUUGCUUGGAUACUCACAAAACGAAAGAAUAGAACCAUGCUAUGACUGUAAUACUUUGGGAAAUGUUGUUCAUCAGCACAGAAAUCACUUUCCUUUUACGAAAAAUCACGGGGUAUUUGACUUGCGUGAGAAAGCUGUUAAAUCUAAUGUAACUGUAGUGGCAUUAAACCGGAGCAGAAGCAACAAAACAAAGAACUCUUGUACUGAAAUCAAAUCCCCUGAUUGUCAAAAUCCCAACAGCAUUAAGUCCCGAUGCAUUACGCAUCCGAACACUAACAACAUAGAGAAAGCAUAUGCUUAUAGUAAAUGUGGGACAACCUUCACCCGGGAGUCUUUUCUAAUUGAUCAUCCGAUCAUUCCUAAGCUAGAUAAAACCUAUAGUUGCAGUCUGUGUGGGGACCUUUUCUCUAAAAAAUUCAAACUCACUGAACAUUACCAGACAGUGCACGAAGGACAAAAGCCACAUAAAUGCUUGGCCUGUGGUAAAGCGUAUCUUCAUAAACAUCACCUCAGGGAACAUCAGAAAAAAACUCAUAUGACUGAGAAACCCUAUAUAUGCAGUGAAUGUGGAAAAGGCUUCAUCAGGAACAGUGACCUUACUAUUCAUCAGAGAAUUCACAGUGGAGAGAAACCUCAUAUUUGCAGUUACUGUGGAAAGGGCUUCUUAUGGAAGAGACCACUCGUUAUCCAUCAGCAAACUCACAGUGGAGAGAAACCCUAUUUAUGCGGUGAAUGUGGAAAAGCCUUCGCCAGGAAGAAUGAACUCACCAUUCAUCAGCGAACUCAUACUGGAGAGAAACCCUAUGUGUGUAGUGAAUGUGGAAAAGGCUUCAUCCAAAAAGGAAAUCUCAAAAUUCAUCUACGAACGCAUACUGGAGAAAAACCCUAUGUGUGUGGUGAGUGCGGCAAAGCUUUCAGCCAGAAGUCAUGCCUCAUAGCACAUCAGAGAUUUCACACAGGGAAGAAGCCCUUCUCGUGCAGUGAAUGUGGGAAAUCUUAUACCCAGAAGUCGAGUCUCAUUCAACAUCAGAAAAUUCACAAGGAGAAAUAUUCUCAAUGUAGCGAGUGUGAGAAAGUCUUCCAAACAAAGGAAGAGCUCAUUUUACAUCAAGGAUUUCACAUAGGACAGUUACCGUUCUGCUGCAGUGAGUGUGGAAAGGUUUUUGCCUGUGCGUCUAAUUUUGAAUCGCAUAAAGAAAAACACAAAAGGGAAAACCAGGUAGCUCCAGUCAAAGUGGGAGCUCCCAUCCCAGGGAGUCAUGUGUUAUCACAAACCACUUGUGGCGUGCAGGAGAAAAGCCGUGGUAAUGUACUGACUUUGCAAAUGCCUUCUGAGGCCUUGCACACAUCAGUUGACACCGGGGAGGUCCGAACAGGUAGGAAUGUAGUCCUUGUGGGAAAGCCGGGUGCCAGAAGUGAGUCAUCAGAAGAUAAUCGAGAAUCUGUACAGCAGGAAAGCCUCAUGAAUAUGGUGACUGUGGCAGUGCCUCCAGUGUCCAAUUACAUUUUAUUUUAUGUCCCGCAAAACCCAUUGGACAAAUUGUGAUGUAUUAAUUGGGCGGGAGGGCUGAACAAUAGGGCUACCUCAUUGUAUGACUACAAAGUGUAUCCUGCAGGAAAUCUUACCCAUACAGAGACUGGGAAAGCCUGAGAAACUCAUCCUGUGUGCAAAUGGACACACUAGCCUAUUUUUUUAUUUCUCUCAUUUUUUUCGUUUUGCUUUGUCUUUUGAUUUUAACCAACUGCAUACAAAUUGAUUGCUAUAUCAGAUGAUUGAAAGUCUGAGUUCAUGUCAUGGGCAAAAUAAAAAAACAUUUUUUUGGUUGGGAU